AUGUUCUACUCACACGAGGUCCUAACCUCGCGCAAGUAUGGCGUGGCAACUGUAUGGCUUGUGGCCACUCUCGGCUCCAAGUCCACUCUCAAGAAGGUGUCGCGCAAAGCGAUCCUCGACGUCGACGUGGGUAAAGCCUGCGAGACCAUCGUCGCGCCCCAUGCUCCCAUGGCCUUGCGCCUCCAGAGCUCCCUCCUGUACGGUGUCACACGAGUAUACGCGCAACAGUGUGGCUACGUCCUGCACGAUGCGGAAGCUGCACGCAACAACAUGCGCACCCUCACUAGGAUGAUGCAUAAGGCCGCUCUGGAGCCAGAGGGCGUGCACAAGGCAACCGCGGCGCAGCUCAACUUACAAGACGACCCAAACUUCCUACCCGACCUUGAUCUCCUACCCAUGGACCUCGACAACCUCAACUCCAACUUCAUGAUGGAAGAGGAGACCCAGUCUGUACUAUCGCCACACAACUCGCAGCUCACAUUCGGCUCUCAACAAAGCAUCGGUGGCCUCAUGAUACCCUCGAACAGCCCAGCAUUUGGACAAUCGAUGGAUGGUGUCGACCUCUUCGGCGGGCAAGGAGGAUCCAGCAGAGCUGGGCGAAUGGAAGAGCUAGCACAACCCCUUGACGACGAUGAUCUUGGCCUCAUUAUCGACCCAGAAGGAAACGUGGGAAUGAGUGAUGCUCCAGAUCAAGAAGCUCGGGCACCAUCUGGCAGGAUUGAUCGCACAUCUCCAAUUAUGUCCGGAGGUCUAGGAGGCAUCCUACAAGAGGACGUAGCUAUGCCAUAUCAACCUCAGGUUGACGACAACGGAUUUGUACCCUUUCAGGACGACUACGUGUUCGGAGAAGGUACUGGUCCCGGUCAACAGCGCGCGACACCUACCGAGGAGUCUGCAGCACCGGCGCAACAGCGAAAGAAGCGCGAACCAAAGGCACUUGAGCUGGAUCGUACCACCACGCUUCACAACAGCGACCUGAACAGAUGGAGCGCGAAUUACCUCACGAACAUGCGCGAGCAGUCUCGAGCCAAGCAAGCCACCAAAAUGGCGGCUCUGGCAAAGAAGAACGCCGAGUACUGGUUCAUGGGUGCCGGCUCCUUGCUCGGUCAAGGCAUGCGUGGUCCUCUUGACCUGCUCUCUAGCGUGCAGCUACUCGAAGCAUUCACAGGCGUCGACAUCCUCAACCCUGGAAAGAAGCGUACACGUCAAGAUGAGGGACCACCAGCAUCUCGCAAGCGAUCUCGCGGCGAGUCGUCUACAGAUGAGCUCGCCCGCGGCCAAGAAGACACCGGCGGCCUCCAGUACGACGACGAAGACAUGCCCAUAAUCAACGACGACACCAUCGAGCAAGGCCGAGAAGCACCCACGCCCCUCGACGACCGCCACCUCUCCAGCCUCUUCCCCUGGAACCAAAGCGCAGGCUCGCGCCAACCCACCGACGCCCACGUAACCUCAGCCUCCUUCGGCGGAGGCCCGCAAUUCAACCUCAUCAGCCGUCGCGGCAGCCGUCUAACCUCCGCAUCGCCUCUCGUCGGUCGUGGUCCCCUUGUUCCGGACAUCGACACCGACGGCAUCCAGUUCGGCGGUGGCUCGGACAUCGGCAUGGGCGGCGGUCUCACCGGCGAGGAGGAAUUCGAACUCUUCGGUCCGGCUGCACAAGUCGACACACAGACUGCCGCGCAGACGCAAUGGCAGCGGGCUGCUCUGGGGGCGGAGAGUGCCAACUUUCUCACAUUCCUGCAGACUGCCAUCGACGAUGCAGAUAUCGCGCGAGCGGACGCAGCUGCUCGCGACGAGGAAGACGAGACUCUCGAGGGGACUGUGGACUUUGAGACGAUUCUGCCCCCGGAGACCAAUAGCCAGAUCGUCGCUGCGCAGGCUCUGCUGCACGUCCUUGCUCUUGGGACGAAGGGGUUGAUCCGAGUUGCUCAAGAAGAGCAUUUCGGACCCAUCAACAUGCGGGUUGUGGCUGCAUGA